UUGAGAGGUCCUACCUAUUGGAUCAGCGCCGUCGUAGUCGUUUAACCCACAGAUAAAUUAGUGCUAACCCGAGAGAUACAAGUACUUUCGAAUACUUGAAAUUACAAUCAGUGACACAGAACAGUUUGUGUUCCGAGCUAAGAAACAAAGUAUAAACGCAACUCCCAAGCGAACCAAGUGAAAAACAAGUCCAGAGACCUCCUUAAAUGCUCUGCCCUCCAACCAUGCGUCCGGCCAGCCCCGCCGAAUCCGAGAUCUCCGUGGGUGGAGCCCCCAGCCCGCUGCCCACCCAGCACUCACUUCCGAACCCACAUCCGCAUCCGCUGCACCACCCCCGUGCCAGCACCAUCGAUCUCCUCCAGCAGCAGCAGCUGCUGAUGCAACAGCACGCUGCCGCGGCAGCUGCCGCCUUUGGACUGGGCCGCACUGCCGUCGGCGGCCUGCCGGAGGAUUACUUCCAGCCGCUGAAGCGCUUGCGCAUGUCCUCCUCGUCGUCGGAGCCACGUGAUCACACUCCCAGUCCUCCGGCUCCGGCUGCUGUUCCGGAAAACCCGACAGCCGGACAAACAAACACCAAAUCCGCCAUCGAAGGCGUCAAGAGCUUCUCCAUCGCAGAUAUCUUGGGUCAUUCGGAGAAGCAGCGUGAGGAGUCUGUGUCGCCCCCGCCGGCCUCGAAUCUGUUGGCUCCACCCGCCUCCCGACCGGCGCCUUCAGCCGGAGGACUACUGCAACCGCGAACCGAGCCCCUGGAUGUUCACCCGGCUGCAGCGGCCGCCAUGCUUUUACCCGGCGGACAAAUCGUGCGGCCCUGGGAUCACCUCCUGGGUCCAGCCAUGCCCGUUCGCCCCUUCAUUCCAUCCGCCCUGUUGCACUACGAGCAGCGUCUGGCCUUGGAUUACCACCGCCAGCUGCAGGAGCACUUCAAUGCCCAGGCCCAACUGCUGCGCCACAUGGGCAUGGAUAUCAUUCCGUCGGAGAGCGGCUCGGAUCGUUCUAGCUCCGCUGCCAGCGACUGCUGUUCUCCAGAGAUCGCCCGGGACUCGGCAGCUGCCGCUGCUGCAGCAUCCGCCGCUUCCGCCUCCCGGCACAGCCCCCAGUCUUCAGCGCAGCCCGGUGGAUCCGUCACUGCGGCCAGUCCCUCCCAGAGUGGGGCAGGCACAGCAGGAUCCGCUGCUGGAGCCAAUAAUGCAGCCGCCGUUGCCAAGGCCAAGGCCAAUGGCACACCAUUGGAUGCACUGUUCCAGAUGACCACCAAGGACUUUGAUGAGUCACAAGAUAAAUCCCAUCUGGACAUCUUCUCGAACCGACCGCAGCCCAAGAAGAAGCGCAAGUCGCGUACCGCCUUCACCAACCACCAGAUCUUUGAGCUGGAGAAGCGUUUCCUCUACCAGAAGUACCUGUCCCCAGCGGAUCGCGACGAGAUCGCCGCCUCCCUGGGCCUGUCUAACGCCCAGGUUAUCACCUGGUUCCAGAAUCGCCGGGCCAAGCAGAAGCGCGACAUCGAGGAGCUGAAGAAGGACUUCGACAGCGUCAAGGUCUUCUCCGCGCACAAGUCCUUCCUGGAGAACGUGAACGAUCUGAGCAUCCUGAAGAAGAAGCCCAUGCACGAGGCGGAUAUGGUGGGUCUGGCAGCUGCAGCAGCUGCUGCAGGAAUGGUGGCAGUACCAGUGCCAGGAUCUGCUCCCCUCGCUGGUGCCCCGCCCAAAUGAGGGCGUGGCCAGGUGCGCACCGAACCGCCAAGGCAACCUGAUGAUUGGUACAGAAAGUGAGCAACGAGGAGACGAGUAUUUUGUUUAAUUUUGUGUCGAGUGCCGGGGAACAGCUUCCCCUCUGAAGCAUUUGACGGCUAGAGGAAGUGGCAGGACAUCCUUACCAGCUUCCACUGCCAAUACAACUAAGUGGGCGAAAGGCUGAAUCAGAAGCCAGCCCCAAUCGGAAUAAAACCAGCCACCCAGACAGGACCAAGGCCGUUUGUGGCCAGAACAUGCUAGAACAGCCAUAACCGGAAACGGAAAUGGACAUGCAACCAGCCAGAACUAGGCUCGGACAGAGCCAGAGAA